AUGAAGCACGUUCGUGAGACACGCACUCUCACACUCGACUACGACACCGAGACAGGGCACCGCAUGAUCAACCAGUAUGUUGUCGACUCAGAGCUAGGCCGCGGCGUAUUUGGAAGCGUGAAACUUGCGCAUGACGUAUACUCACGCGCGAAUGUCGCCAUCAAAAUCGUGCAGCGAGAGGCCCCACGAAAGCUUGGCGUGCCUUAUACCCCGCGGCAGACAGAUGAGCGAGUGGUGCGUGAGAUUCGUGCUAUGUCACUAUGCCUGCAUCCAAAUGUUGUACAGCUGUUUGAGGUGAUUGAUGAUCCUAUGAGCCGCAAACUCUUCCUCAUCACAGAAUACAUGCAGGGUGGUGAACUUGUGUGGCGCGAUGAGCUAGAACAACCCACACUAUCGCUUACUGAUGCCAGGCGUGUGUUUCGAGAUAUUUUGCACGGUUUGAAUGCACUGCACGAGAAUGGUAUCAUCCAUCGCGACCUCAAGCCAGCCAACAUCCUAUGGACACGCGAUCGGACCAUGGCUAAAAUCAGUGACUUUGGCAGUGCUUACGUGCGCAUGACGCCAUCCUCUGUUGAUGAGCUUUCGAGUGCAACGGAUCCUGUUCUUGCUCGUACUGCCGGCUCACCAGCGUUCUUUGCGCCUGAGCUGUGUUAUGGUGCCUCUGAUGGACCGCCUAUCACGAAGGCCAUCGAUGUAUGGGCACUGGGUGUCACGUUGUAUUGCAUGUUAUUUGGACACGUACCUUUUGAUGCUGAAACGGAGUAUCUACUUCUGGAGUGCAUUGUGCAUGACGAUUAUGCCGUUCCGACCUGUAUGUGCUGUGAUCGUGUAAUUGUGGGGCCACGAGCUCCCCGCUGGGCUCCGUUGUACCCGAAUAGCCAGGAUCUCUGCGGCAGUGGAAGCGGUAACACAUACAGCAAAAGUGCAGGCACAGAUUCGCGCAAUGAGUCUACAAAGCCUGCUGAAACCAAUCGAUCCCACUCGCUCUCGAAUGAAGCGCAUGCAGUUCGUCACUUGCUUGAUGCCCUGCUUGACAAAGAUCCAGCGACACGCAUGACGCUCGAUCGUGCCAUGACACAUCCAUGGCUCGUGGCAGUUUCAUGGUAA